UUCAUGUCGAAAGGAAAUUUCUCCACAAAUACCCCAGAACCGAAUGCACCUGGAAAAUUUCCCCAACAAGAAGAAGAAGUGUGUUUGGUGAGCUGACAAAUUGUCAAGCGAUAGAAUUUCACUUUUUUACUUGUUCAGAAGUGCGCCCUAAAUUCACUAAAAAUUGUGCAUAUCCUUUUCUAUUGAUCUAUUUUCGCUUCAAGUCCACAUUUGGUUUUAUCCCCUUUUGUUUUAAUGUGUUGUGCGUUGGUGUUAAUCCCGUGAGUGUAAAGUCCCAUAAGAGUCUGUGUCGUCGUCGCUAAGCUGUCACGCCAUUUUAAAAAUUUUUCCAUUUUUUCUCUGUGCUGUUUUGUAAACAUCGUGUUGUGCUAAUCCCAGAAUUAAAUUCGAUUAAAUAAUCAUAAGUUGCGGGCGGUGUAAGCUGUGCAUCGUUUUCCCAAAUCCGUCUCGAGCCCUUGGUCAUGUUUGCAGCUGACCUAUUUGUCGGAAUUUAUGGCGCGAACCGAGUGCAAUGCCUGCGACCAAUUCUUGCAUAGUACAAAAUCAGGUUGGACGGGCGGCGAAGCGAUUGCAGUCGCAUUGAACGUGAAUUAGUUUGGAGUGUAGAACAGGAGUCAUACAGCCAUGAAGUCCGAAACCAAAACGAAAAAGGAAAAGAAAGCGUUAUCUUCGGAAGAUGAGGAUUACGAUUCAUGCUCCGACAAUGGAAGUUUUGAUUCGGUUCGCAAUGGCCGCAGGCGGCAGAAACAAUUCAGCGUUUUAAGGUCCGAUUCCGAUGGACUUCGUAUGAAAAUCUCGGCAAUCCGGAAUAAGAAGGAGAAGCCUGCAACUGCUGAGGUAAAGUCGAACAAUAAUAAUCACACGGAAGGCGCUAGUAAACGCCAAACAUCCAGUCAGUCAACAAUCAAGCGAAAAUUAUCAAGCAGUUCUUGCUGUUGUACUCGAAGCGAUGAGAGCGAUUCUAGCUCCGAAGGACAGAAAAAGGAGAAAUUGAAGAAAAUCCGAUUAAAACGGAAAAAGAACUAUACAAGUUCAGCGAAUCUCUCAACAGACUCAGGUAGCGAUAAUGAACACGCCUUACAAAGCACGGCAACGAUAACAAAACCACAAAAAGAUAUAAAGCAAUUACCCGCUCAAAGCCAAAAUGUGGAAAAUCUCCCCGGUAGUAGCAUAUCAUCUAGUGAUAAUGAAUUACCGGCUCUGGUUAGCGCCGCGAUCAAAUGUGUGGAGAGUGGUUCGGAAACAGAGCCGGUGCCGGUGCCAGCUGCCGCGGCACCUCCACAUCAAUAUACAUCGACCCUUUUGCAUGAUUUCAUGCUCAAAACACAAAUGAUUGGCGGAAUCUGCCCAGAGACAGAAAACGAAACAACAAAAGAAACAGAGUCAGGAAAUGAGGCGAGAAGAGGCAAUGCGGACACCAUUAAACCAACGGAUCUAAGUGUGAAGAAGGAAGUCCAAGUGAAAAAGAAAAGGGGUCGGCCUAAGAAAAAGCCAGUGGUGGAAGCCGAGGAGGUGGUACCAAAUGGGCACUUGGAACAAAAAGAGCUACAACCGCAUCUUCCGAAAAUUAAUGUUAUUAGUCUAGAAAAGCAAAUGUACGCAACGGAAAGGGUACUAUAUCCGCCAAGGAGUAAAAAGAAGGCCACGCCCAGAACAAAUUAUCGCAUGAAGCUGACAAAAGAGGAUGUAAUCGAUCCACUGUGGCGAAAAAUUGAUGUAAAUACGAAAUUUCGAAGACCAAGUUUAACAGGGUACAAAAGCGAUGGUGGAAAUACAGUUUGCAGUAAAAUCUUAGCCGCGAAAAGUGGAUAUGUUAGUGAUUACGGUUCGGUCGGACAUCGUCAUUUGUCUGGUUAUAAAAGCGAUGCAAGCGGAAAAAGCCGGUACAGCAUGCGAAGUUGCAUAAGUCGUGCGAAGAGCUGUGAUUUUCGGUGCGGUGGCAGUCGUAUGCGCAAAUUACGAAGGAAACGUCGCUUUCUGGACAAAUCGAGACAGAAAUUUGGGAAUGUCAAUGAGCAGGAUAUCCUUCAAUUGGCUGGUCUCAGUUUAGGACAGAGCAACGAGGAGAGCAGCCGGGAAUCGUUGAACAAACCCAUCAUAUCAUAUGGACAAUCCAAAAAAUAUGGCGAAAUUAACCGAUUCAUCCGAACCGGAGAAUAUUUCGGAAGGAACAAGAAGAAUCAUCACUCAAGAGACUUCGCCGACGUGUGCGCAGGUCUUGGUGAUGGGUUAUUCGCCAAAUCAAGCAGUUUUUCAAGUAAGGGCUACAAAUCGCAAUCUACAUCCAAGAUCUUAGAAUUUCCAAACGAUUUCGAAGGACUUCGAUCUAAAAUACGAUCGAGACGCUCAUCAGCUGUGAGUCGUUGCAGUUCAAUGUCGAUGUGCUCGAGAUAUGAUUCGCGAAGGAGAAAACGUCGAAAAUUCCGAUUAAAAUCACAAAGUCGAAGUGGUUUUGUGGAUUCAAAAUUAAAUACAGAAAUCGAAAUUCUUAUCAAUACAUUUCCGUCACUAUGUCGAAUAGCUACAGAUAAAUUGAGCAUGCUUAGAGAUAAGGAUCGACUAGAUAAAGAUAAAUCGAAUCAAUUGGGACAGAAAUUGGCGUCGAAACGAAAUCAAAAGAAACGAAAACUUAGCGAGAGUGCUGAUCAUCAUUUAACCGAAAGAUUUCCAAAUGAGAUUGGGCUUAUGCCCAAACGUCGACAUAAGAAAGCCGGAAAUAAUUGCCAAGACGAACAUAAAUUACCACUCAAAAAGCGUCACUAUUUACUCACGCCUGGCGAAAAGGCAACAAAAAAUACAACAGAAACCCCUGCACCUGUCUACCCGCCUCCCGGCAUAUUUGAGCCAAGUGUCGAACUUGAAAUACAGAUCACUUUGCCGAAAGAGGCAAUGGCAAUUGUAACGAAAUCGGAAAUCGAUUCGCCGAAGAAUCUCCUAGAUCCUGCGGAAGUUGAGAAAUUCCUACCAAGUCAACCAAAGACGGAGAAAAUGGUGGAAACGCUUCUCAAUCGAACUGGAGGAAAUAGUCUAUUGUUAAAGCGGAAGAGAAGAAAGGCCUUCAAUCGAACAGGUUUCCCGAAGACGAAACAAAAGCGGCGAAAAGUCAGUUCGGCUUCGGAGACGGACGUGAAGCCCGCUGCUCCCCCGGUGCCUAGAUUUACAAAAUUAUCUAAUACUGCACCCACAAGUUCAAAGAGUGUCGAACCGGUCGUUCUUAGAGCAAGCUCGAAAGAAGUGAAAUCUAACAGAGAUGCAAAGGAUCAGCAAAAAGAUGUCAAAGAUGCAAAGGAUACAAAACUGGUUAAAGACACAAAAGAAAGUAAGGAAAAUUGCGAACCACAGAAAGACGUUAAACCUGUAAAACCCAUCAAGGUAGUGAAGGACCGCCCCAAAAAAGAAACACCAGUUCAAUCGUCUUCUCCAACAAAACCAGCGAAAAACAAACCUCCCGUUAUAACGACUAUUCCCCGUACAAGAAGCAAAUCGAUUAGCACUCUGCCAAGCAACGCUCAAGCGUUACUUCCCACAACAAAAGUCCUUAACGUGCGGUUACGCAGAACAAAAACUUUUCAAGGAAAAGUAAUUGACAGCGAAAUAACAAGAAUAUCGCAACGAAUCAAAUCCAUAAAAAAGGAGCCGCACGUUACUGACUGCUCCAUCACGGACGAUUUAGAACAAGAACCUCUGCCACUGCUCGAGGCUGUGCCUACAACUACACAAGAGACAUCAGAUAGCUCGAGUACCUCAUCGAAAAUUCGGAAAAUCGCCAAAUGGAGAAAAGCUUACUUGCCAGCAGGUUUACUUUCCAACUAUUUUAAAACCGAGAAAACGAAGAAAGGAUCUGAUCGAAAUGUGGAGAAAUCUGAAAGUAGUGAUGAUAGCGAAAAUAGUCCUAAAAGUAUCCUCCCUCCCCCGCCAUAUUGUGAAAAGUUCUUCCGUCGUACUGUUUACGAUUUCCUGCUUCCCUAUGACCUUUGGUGGGCACACACAAAUUCUAAAUUACUUCCACGAAAUACAGUUCCCAGUUGGAACUAUAAAAAGAUUCGUUCAAAUAUUUAUGGUGAUACAAGAUAUAAUCCGUCUAUUGAUAAUCAAAUAUGCAACUGUAAACCAACAACGGCUUGUGGUGAUGACUGUCUGAAUCGAAUGGUGUACACCGAGUGCUCGCCAUCGAACUGUCCUUGUGGGGACGAAUGUCAGAAUCAAAAGAUUCAAAAGCAUGAAGUCGCUCCCGGAACUGAACGCUUCAUGACAGCGAAUAAGGGCUGGGGAGUUCGGACGAAUUUACCAAUUAAGAAGGGAAUGUAUAUAAUGGAGUACGUUGGCGAAGUAGUUCCUGAGCGGGAGUUUAAGGAGCGAAUGGCAACGCUGUAUGUAAACGACACCCAUCAUUAUUGCCUUCAUUUGGACGGCGGAUUUGUUAUAGAUGGCCAUAGGAUGGGUAGCGACGCGAGGUUUGUAAAUCAUUCCUGUUCGCCAAAUUGCGAAAUGCAAAAAUGGUCUGUGAACGGAUUAUUCCGAAUGGCACUGUUUGCAAUGCGGGACAUUACGCCGGGCGAGGAGCUGACUUAUGACUACAAUUUCUCGCUGUUCAAUCCAGCCGAAGGACAACCAUGUCGAUGUGAUACGCCACAAUGUCGUGGAGUUAUUGGUGGGAAAUCGCAGCGUGUGAAACCUCUCGAAGUUAAGCCUGUUGAGUCAGCACCACCAAAUCGACAUGGAAGACCGCGAAAGCGAACAGCAAAGAAAAAUUCUGGUCGAAUACAAUCAAAAGAUGCAGUGAUACCGCAAUUCCAAAUUUUGUCUGACCGGGAAAAGAAAUUGAUUCGAUCGACGCAUUGCUUCUUGAUGAGAAAUUUAGAGAAGGUUCGGAGAGUGAAGACAAAAAUGACCCAAGCCAUAACGAAAAUGGAAGAGACGCCAAGUCGACCAAUCACACCUUCAUCUUUGGUUGUGCAAAUUUCAGCUCUGCGAAGUCAACGUAAUAUUAAGACAAGAGGACUGACACAAGCUGCUCACGACCCCGAAGUUGAGAAGAUGGCGAAAAUUGCAGUAAUACUGCAAGCUAUUUGUGCUGACAUUGAGGGUGUAAAAGAUUCAUCCGGGCGUUCUCAACUGUCAAAACUGGUUCGGCCAAAACGUAAAAAGCGAACGUCUCAGGAUAAGGAGCGCUUCAUGGAUAUAACAACGAUUCGUUCAAAUAUCGAAAAAGGACUGUACAAAGAUGUUGAAGCGUUCGAUGCCGACAUGAACAAAAUAUUCGACUCAGCUGAAACGUUCUUUGAAUCACAAUCCGAAGAAUUGGCAGCUAUUCAGAAUCUCCGAACCGCUUACAUGUCCAUCAAAAGUAAGUUUUACGAUCAACUGGCCGAACAUGUGGAUGAAAGAAGUCUCAUGAAAUUCCGCCGCAAGGAGGAUAAUUUACAACAGCCUGAAGUUAAAACUACCGAAGAUAUUAUUCGCUGUAUUUGCGGACUGUUCAAAGACGAAGGUCUAAUGAUACAAUGUUCAAAGUGUUUUGUCUGGCAGCACACGGAAUGCACAAAAGCUAAUCCUAAGGCAGAAAGUUAUCUCUGCGAAAAGUGUGAUAAUCGGGUCGUAGACUACGAGAUUCCUUUAAAUGAUUAUUCAGAUGAAGGACAUCAAUAUUAUCUUUCUUUAAUGCGUGGAGAUUUGCAAGUUCGUCAAGGUGAUACGGUUUACGUUCUUCGCGACAUCCCUAUGAAAGAUGAAAAUGGAAAAAUCCUGCCAUCGAGAAAACACACUUACGAAACAAUCGGUAAGAUUGAUUUCUCCGAAUGUGAUAUAUUCCGUGUUGAAAAAUUGUGGAAGAACUCAGAAGGCAAACGGCUUAUCUAUGGGCAUCAUUACUUGAGGCCGCACGAAACUUUCCAUGAGCCGAGUCGACGCUUUUAUGAGAAUGAAGUGAUACGAGUCCCAUACUAUGAAGUAGUCCCAAUUGAAUUGGUGAUGGCGAGAUGUUGGGUAUUCGAUCGCAAUACUUUCUGUAAAGGUCGACCGGUAGAUUGUAAUGCAGAGGAGCAUGUCUAUAUAUGUGAAUUGAGGGUUGAUAAGUCAGCGCGAUUUUUCGCGCGUGCCAAGCAAUCAUUCACCACGUGUACAAAGAAUUAUGCGUUCAGGAAAUUCAAGGAGAAAUUGAAAGUUUUCAAAACUUAUGCGCCACAUGAAGUAGAUCCGAAUUUCCUGAAAAGCAAGAAACGUAAAAAUGAAGUAGAACCGGAGAAAAAACCGAUUUGCCCGAUCAUUCAGUUAGUUCCGCCACCACCCAAGACUCUGCAUGAGAAACGAUCCCGUCUGGAAGACGUUUUGGGCAAUUUGAAAACCCGGACAACACCAAAUUCAUGCACGCCCCCCGUCGACCUGUCAUAUCUGCUAACAGGUAGAGGAGCACGACAUAGACGAGCGGCGGCGGCUGCUGCAGUUGUGCCUAUUAAAUGAAAAACAAACUGAGGAGCGAUAAGGGAUAGUUUUAAUUUUUAUUGUAGUUUAUAUAAUCAUCCAAACAAACACACACACACAGAGUUAGUAAGUGCUAAACAAAAGUUAUUAUUUAUUGUUCUAAUUUAUUUCACUUUUACUCGAAUCUUUUUAUUAUUAUUUUAUAUUAUAAUAUUAUUAUAUAUUAUGCUUGUUCUAAGUUAUAUCAUGUUAUGCAAAAGUAUGUUUUUCUGCCUAUCGUUCAUUUUAGUAAUGGUUUAAUUCUUUAGUAUAAGAUCAACUACUUCUUUCGGAACAGAAAAAAAUGAUGAAAUUUACGAUAAGCUGAAAGUGAGACAAUUGUAAUUGUAAAUAGUGUAACUGUAAUUUUUCUCAUAGCCUUAUUAUGAUGAUAGGAAUAUAAAAUUUCGGGAAGAUUUAAUUUUUCAAAAAAGAAAAUUAAUACAAAAAUCAUUAAAAAAAAAUAUAAAUUCAUAUUUAUUUUUUCUUAUUAUGUAUAAACAAAAAUAUAUUUUGAGGAAAUGUGUCAAAUUUAAUUCGAUGAGGAUUUAUCAUGCAUGAUCAACUAGCUGCUUCAAAGGACCAACUAUCCAGUCACUUUGACUUGGCGGAUAGUAACCAAAUGAUGAGAAAGUAUUGCGUGCGUUUAGGGUCGCAGUUUAUCAUGCAUGAUUCAUCUCAGUGAACGACAAAAAUUGAUAUUAUCGUAAGUAUGACGGCUAAUUAUGAUUCGCAAAAUUUUGUACAUAAAAUUUAAGUUUAAAGUCUACUUUCAAACAUUGUGAUUAGAAGAAAGAUUUUUGAAAUAAAAUAAUAAAAUGGCUCUACUUAA